AUGCACAUCCAGCAACUUGUGGCCUACUGGCCAUUGCUGGUUGGGUUGAGCCAAGCAGCAGAUCAGCAGCCUUCUUUCGAUGUACUUGACUAUAUUGACCCGUUGAUUGGCACUGCGAACGGAGGACAUGUCUUCCCAGGCGCAACUCUCCCUUAUGGCAUGGCAAAGAGUGUAGCAGAUGGCAAUGAGGAAAUCCAGGGAGGUUAUGCCUCAAACGAUGGCCUAAUCACUGGCUUUUCUCACAUGCACGACAGUGGAACAGGUGGUGGCGCAUCACUGGGAAAUUUCCCUCUUUUUGCCCAGACUGGUUGUCUAAACGACGACCUCAACAACUGCUACUACCCUUCAACCUUGAGAGCGUCAGCAAAAAUAAACGAAACGGUAGUGGCCAAGCCGGGGUACUUUGCUAUACAGCUCAAUACGUCGGUCAAGGCUGAAAUGACAGUCACAAACCACACAGCGCUGUACAGAUUCACAUUCCCGACGGACGGCACUCCAACCAAGCUCCCUGCCAAUGGGACAACGCCUUAUAGCCCUCUGAUUCUGGCCGAUCUGGCCGAUCUCUCCGGAUCCAGAACCGAUUCAAUCAUCUCUGUUGACGCCCACACAGGUCGCAUAUCCGGCAACGGCACCUUUAGGCCUUCUUUUGGCAUUGGCAACUAUAAUCUCUACUUCUGUACAGACUUCCAAGGCGCGAAGCUUCGAAACACGGGCAUCUUUGUAAACAACCGCGCAGGUACCGACCGCAAGAGCUUCCGCACUUAUGAUGAUGGCCAGAGCCCAAUCCUGCCCGCUGGCGCCUGGGCUCAGUUCCACCCUCCAGCCAACAACCAGAUUCUGGCUCGAGUCGGGCUCUCAUUCAUCAGCACCGCUCAAGCCUGCAGCAACGCGCAGAAAGAGAUUCCCAACUUUGACUUUGAGUCUGUGAGAUCCGAUGCUGAGGAUGCAUGGCGCAAGAAGCUUAGCACUAUCAAGGUGGACAACACAGGCGUCAGCGACUCUCUCCAAAGGACGUUCUGGAGUGGCAUCUAUCGCACGCUGAUUUCUCCACAAGAUUAUACUGGCGAAAACCCCCUCUGGAAGAGCAAUGAGCCAUACUUUGACUCGUAUUACUGCAUCUGGGACAGCUUCCGAAGCACACAUCCCUUGCUUACACUGGUCGACCCUCAUGCUCAGGCAAUGAUGAUUCGCAGUCUCAUUGAUGUUUACCGUCAUGAGGGCAAACUCCCUGAUUGCCGCAUGUCCCUCUGCAAGGGGUUCACCCAAGGCGGCAGCAAUGCUGACAAUCUAUUGGCGGAUUCAUAUUUGAAGGGUUUGACGGAUGGCAUCGACUGGGCCACUGGUUAUGAGGCUGUCGUAUCUGACGCCGAGGUCGAGGGCCAAAUUUGGACAGUCGAAGGCCGUGGAGGCUUGCAGAGCUGGAAGACUCUUGGCUACAUCCCAACCGAUGACUGGGACUUUAGUGGCUAUGGUCUCUUCACUCGUUCUAUUUCACGAACGAUUGAAUACUCUUACAACGAUUUCUGCAUCGCCGAGAUGGCCCGCGGUCUUGGACACCAUGCCGACGCAGAAAAGUAUCUGAAGCGCUCCGGUAACUGGAAGAACAUGUACGACCCAACGUCGCGCUCAAAGCUGAACUUGACCGGAACUCAAGACUACAGCCUGUUCACCGACAGUGGAUUCGAAGGCUUUUUGCAACCGCGAUAUCUAAAUGGUACAUUUGGCUUCCAAGAGCCUGCCAUAUGCACUGACUUGUACAACUUCAAUGGCUGUUAUUUGAAUCCUGGCGGCCACGAAACAUAUGAAGCUGGCUCUUGGCUCUACACCUUUUACGUGCCCCACGACCAGGCCACACUGAUCACAACUCUCGGUGGUCCAGACGCUUUCGUGCGUCGUCUCGAGUUUAUGCACAACACUCCAGGCCUGUUUUACAUCGGUGACGAACAAGCCUAUCUCCUUGUCUAUGAAUUCCACUACGCCGGAAGACCAGGUCUCUCCGCAGAAUACUUGCACAGAUACAUCCCCAGCGCCUUCAACGACACCACCGCCGGUCUUCCAGGAAACGAUGACUCGGGUGCCAUGGGCAGCUUCACGGCGCUUUCCAUGAUGGGCUUGUACCCCAUGAGCGGACAGAACGUCUACCUCGUCAUCCCGCCAUUCUUCCCAGAGGUCAGCUUCACCGACCCGCGAUCCGGCAAGACGGCGACCAUUCGCAACAUCAACUUUGAUGCCGGAUACAGCAACAUUUACAUCCAGAGCGCCAAGUUGAACGGCAAGCCGUAUAACAAGGCAUGGGUGACUCACAACUUCUUCCUUGACGGCGGCGUGCUUGAGUUGACUCUCGGGCCGCAAGAGAAUACAAAGUUUGGAACUGCCCAGGCAGAUCUUCCGCCGAGUGCCUCUACGCAUUUCUGGAAUUAA